AUGAUACGCGACACAGGGACAAUCAGAGGUCGCAGACACGUCGGAAAUCCGAGCACACCGAGUCCGUCACAGUCUUCCUGCUGUGCUGCCGUGCUGUUGCAGUCGUUCGGCGCUUUUCCAUCCACCGGCUCCAACGCUCAGGUCCGGGACUUUUGGUCCCCCCUAUCUUCUGCGAAAGCGCGAAAGCAGGUGAUGCGUGCCCGCGCAGACGUGGAGGUUGGCCUCGGCAUCGUCAUGCUUGCAGGAGCUCUUUGCAUGUACUGCGCGCCCAUCACCGUCAUUCUUUUCUGGAACGUCAUGAUGAUGAGGUACAUGAUGAGCUCUUGGACACAGGACUCCUUCCAGAGGAUCGACAACUUUCUCAACCCAAUACUCAUGAAAGUGCACCAUGCUGAGACUGCUCAGGGACUACGGUCCGCCAGAAAGGUCGAUAUGGCAUGUGCCUUUUUGUGA